AUGGCGUCGAUCACAAAUUGCAAGGAUCCAAAAGAUAUGAUAACAGGCUUCGAAUUCCCGCAAGUGCGAAAAACGUCAAGUUUUGUGUUUUGGAAUAGGACCAGGAUUUAUGUAAUGGUUUUGACAUUAAUCUGCUUAACAUUCAUGCAGAUGAACACGUUAACAUUGAAUUUUACUGUAAUUUGUAUGGACGAUAUUGUAGAGGAUUUCCAUAUGUUCCAUAAUUCCACAGAAACCCAUUGGUUCGAGCGAAGUACUGAAAAAUCGCUACUCUUCUCGGGAGUAGCUAUCGGUGGACUUAUAGGCCUUGUACCAUCAGUACCUCAAAUAAGCUCCAUCGGUCUUCGCAACACUCAAACAAUAUCCGGCUUCAUCUCCGGGCUCGGAUCAUUUCUAUUCCCACUGGCUGUCUCCGUCGGCUUCUACACAUCAUUCCUGUGUAGAGUUCUGCAAGGCAUCGGAGCCGCCGUCCUGUUCACCGCAGUUGGCGUUGUGCCAGGCGUCUGGGCUCCGAAAAGUGAAGCGAACACAUUUAUGUCAAUACUUGCGUGUGCUUUUCAACUGAGUAAUGUAAUAUGUAUGCCGGUUUCCGGAUUGCUUUGUGAAUCGGCGGUUGGUUGGCGAUCGAUUUAUUAUAUAUCCGGAGCAAUCACUUUUGUUUUGUAUACGGUUUUUUGGUUCACCUAUACCGAUGACCCGAAGUUGCACAGAAACGUCUCGCAAAAAGAACUGCGAAAAAUUUCCACCGGAAAAGUCGAAAAAAUCAAGGAACCAGUUCCAUACUUUGCAGUUUCCACAGACCCGACAGUCAUCAUUUCUUGGAUUUCACUUUUUGGUGGAAACAUGGGCUUCUACGUUUUGUGUAUCUAUGGACCCACAUACCUCCGAGAAGUUUUGAAAUUCGAUGUGAAGGAGACCGGUUUUCUCACAGCACUUCCGUUCAUCCUAUCAGCGAUCGCCAAGUUUUCAGCUGGCCGGAUCUCUGACAAGCUUACUGGAUUGUCUGAAAGAGCAAGAUUCGUAUUUUUUGCAUCGAUUUUUCAAAUUGGUCUAGUCGCCGGAUUGGUGGUCAUGGCUUUUACUACCAACCGGGUGAUUGCUCAAAUUGCCUUUAAUUUUGCAAUUGUAUCAUCUGGGUUGAAUAUUAUGGGAGUUGUAAAGUGUGUACAAUUGCGCUGUCUUCAACACGUCCAUUACACUCUGACCGUUAUGUCGUUCACUGCCUACGCCUCACAAUUCCUGUCCCCAACUUUAGUCAGCAUAAUCUGCCCGAAUUAUACUAACGAACAGUGGAAAACAUUUUUCCUGGUUAUCAGCGGACUCAUUGUUGCCUGCAACGCAGGAUUCCCAUUUUUGGCAAGGUCCGAUGCGGCGGGAUAUACGAAAAAACAAGAACCAACAGUGAAAUGUUAA